AAACAGCACAGCACGGCAUUAGAUAGAUAUACCAGACGAAGAAAUCGCUUUGAAAAAAUAUUCAAAAUAUUACUAAUUCUUUACCAUAACAAAGCAGUGAACAUAAACACAGCGUCUUCAAGUAAUAAGCAAAGGACAGUGACUCACGGUUGACAUUGAGUAUGAAACUGAUAAGUGAAAUGAAGAUAAACAGAAAGAGAUACACCAUGAAAUCAGUGCUGUGCCGCGAAUGAGUGAAUGAGUGAGUGAGUGAAACGAGGAACUAUGCAUCGCUCUGCCAGGCCGCUGCGGGAGGAUCUGGAUGAUCUCGAGGAUAAGAGCUGGAAGAGGAAGUCCUAUGCUUUGGCCCAGCACAAUGCCCUCCCCAUCCCUAUGCCCCAUCCUGUCUAUCCCCCACCAAUUGCAUGUCCCCCUCCUGCAGUGGUGAUCAGACCCUCCAGGCUCCGCUCAAGGCCUCCCGGCGCUGGAUACAGACACCCGGCGAGUUAUCAUCCGGCGAUCAGCCAGAAUUAUUACCAAAGACCACCGCCACCAAAUCGCCUCCCGACACUCUCCGAGACCAACCCAGGAACUCCAAACCAGCCUCUACCUCUCCGGAAAGCGCCGCCACCUCCUUUUCGUGAAGAUCCCCACACAGAGACUUACCCUCUAGAAUAUGGCGGUGUUCCUUCCUCCCAACCUGAGCUUAGCACCUUCAGAGCCCCGCCACCAGCAAGGCCCGUCAUCCAACCUGCCUCACAACAACGACAUGAUAUGCAUGCCUUGCCAUCCAGACCCCCUGAUAUCGACUCAUCCGCAAGAUCUUCCAACAUCCCGGUCCCAGUGGCAAGGUCUAGUCACAUCCCUACCCCAUCCUUCAGGCCUUCCAAUAUUCCUCAGCCGCAGAGUCGCAUUGAAGCCGUCACCACCCCGCCUUCAAGACCCUCCAUGAUUCCAGAACGUGAUGCACCAAUAUAUGAUACUGUCCAGCCCACAUUUAGCACCUUCGCUCCUCCUCUUCCUCCUUCUCCUCCAGUUGACUCUAUACUACCACCACCACCUACUAAUACAUUGCUUCUUCCUCAGCACAUACUUCAGUCUUCCCCAUCAUCCCCACUUAAACGUAAAAUUUCCCCUUCUCUCCCCAGCCCCACGUAUCUUUUCCCGCAGCACAAACUCCACACCUCUCCAUCACCACCUCCACCUGUACGGAAAAUGCCUCCGUCUACCCCAGUUAAACCUCCUACAUUACCAGAACCUACACUACCACCACCACCACCACCCAUUACCACACUCCCUCCACCUCAGCAGACACAAAGCUCCCAUUCAACACCACCACCUGUACAGAAAACUCCCCCAGCAGUGCCCAUUAAACCCCCUUCACUACCAGAACCUAUGCGAACUCCACCGCCACCACCACACACCACCCCACUUCCACCUCAGCCCACACUUCACUUUCCUACAUCAUCUCCACCAGUUGUACACAAAACGCCCCCAACACUGCCCAUUAAACCACCAUCUACAUCACCACAAAUACAACCAAAGGAACCUAGAACCGACAAGCCUCUGCCUUCACCACCGUCGCCAGCACAGAAGCUCCCUCAUAACAAAAAGGUGCCAGUGCCUCCGCGACCUAAAGAGGCUCCCCCAGGUAUACCAGCAUCCCCAGCUAAGAUGCCUGAAGUCACACCAGAGACCCAGGAUCGAAAAAAGCUGCUUCCAGGUGCAGAGUCAGAUACUACGCCACCUAAGGCUCCUGAAAUGCAUCCUCAGUGUUUGCACAAGCCAGUCAUUCCUUCAAAACCAGCAAGUCACAUUCUCCAGGCAGAUGAUGAUGGCCUUGCCUCCACACCAGCCAGUUCCGCAUCGGAACCAGGCGAGGAGCAAGAUACGUCAAGAAUACCUGCUGUCUCUCCCGACGAAUCACUUGGGGAGGAUUCUAAAAAGUUACAGCCUGUCGGGAGCACCUCUAAUCUAAAUUACUCUCCUGUGAAACCUAAGCCAAUUUCUAUGCAACCCGAUUCCCUUCCUGAGGAUUCUAGACCUACGCGUCAAGUUUCCAGGGUGCCAGAGUCCCCUAAGACUGAAUCCAGUUCCACCACAUCACCUACAGAGCUCAACUCCCCACACGAGGACUCAAGUUCCGCGCCUCAGGUUUCCAAGGUUUCUGACCAACAUGAGACCGAGUCUAGUGAGUCCAUUUCCAAUACAUCAUCCACAGAGGAUUCAAGUUCUGCGCCUCAGGUUUCUAAGGUGCCUGAGACUCUUACGGCAGAAUCCAGUCCCAUGACAUCGCCUCUGUCAGACAAGACAAACCCGCAGUCCGUUACUCGGGCGCCACAACACCUCCCACUAACGCCCUCAUCUCAGAGCCGCUCCUCCUCCGUCGCGUCCAUCGGCUGCCUACGCACCCCUCCAUCCAUCCGAGCAGCGCCCUCGUGGCAGCCCAUAUUCCUCCCGGCGCCCCUCACAAGGAGAUCCACUUCAGCGUCGAAUUCUGAGAGCUCCCUGUCACCUCGUUCCUCCAACGCCACGCCCCGCCCCAUCAUACCGCCUGACGAGUGCCAAAACAUCCUACCAACCCCGCCAUCCUCCCCCUCCCAGACACGUGUCGACAAUGUCACCCCAGCGUCUUCCAUCUCGUCGUUGCCUCACGGUCAUGGCCAAAGUCUUGCGGGCGAGGAGGAGGAUAUGCAGCACCAACCCGCCCCAGCAGAGGACGGCCCUGACACACCACGCUCCUCACCUCCCGACAUGACGCUCCACAACGCAGAGAAAGCAGAUAUGCCUGUGGUCAACAAUGUUUCACAGAUGGAAGGCAUAGCAGCCACUCCUUCCAAGCCUGUGCCUGCUACGGAAGCCUACCAAACCUACAAGACGAGAUUCUGGAUUCUGACAGUCUUUUCUUUCAUCUGUUUCUUACAGACCAUCGUGUGGGGAACGUUCGGACCCAUUGCUGAAUCAGCUCAGGCAGCCUUCCCAAGUUGGGAUGACUCCACCAUAGCAGCUUUCCCGAACUGGGGGCCGAUCAUCGUAGUUGUCUUUAUCAUCCCCAUGGUGUGGCUCUCGCAAAGACUAGGUUUGCAGAUAGCGAUGAUAGUGUGCGAGCUGUUCCUGACGUUGGGCACCAUGAUUCGCUGCUUCACUUCCAACGAAGCAGUAUUCACCGUGAUGUGCCACGUCAGUUCCGUCCUGUUCGCCUUCGCCGCUUGCUUCACACUCUCACUGCCUGCCAUGGUCGCUGCUACCUGGUUCCCGCCCAGUGAGCGGAUUACUGCGACAGCGGUGGGGACUCUCAUGUGCCAGCUUGGAGCCGCCGCCAUGUACCUUGGUGCGCUGGUGGUGAGGUACCCGAGCAGCAAAGUGGUCUCUAGUGAAGAGAGAGAGGCCAUACGCGGCGACAUCAUGGUGCUUAUGUACAUACAUUUCGGCGCCGCAUUGCUGUUGCUUCUGGCGGUGGCGAUCUACUUCCCAGCGAAGCCCCCAACCCCGCCAUCAGCAUCUUCAGAGGAGGAAAGGAUUGACUACUUCAAGGCUUUCAGGGUGAUAUUCAAGAAGCUGCAGAUGGCCAUGGUUUUGAUGGUGUUCGCCUUCUCCUUCGGCGUUCCUGUCGUCUGGAUCGCCGUCCUCAACCUUUCCCUCAAAGACAUCGGUAUCAAUCAGGAUAAGGCCAUGGGGGUAGCAGUGACCGCAGUGGUGUGCUCCAGCGUCACGGCUUUCAUCGCGGCCAGGAUCACAGAUAAGGUGUACGGGCACCUCAAAGUGACCGUCAUCACACUGCUUGCCAUCUCCUCCGUAUUCUUCCUUUGGUUCCUCCUACUGACCACCAAAGUCAUUUACCCGACCCUUGGCCAGGUAUAUGUGGCGGUGGCUGGCGGCCUGGGAUUCGAGUAUGCUACGGUGCCGCUACUGGUAGAACUGGCGGUGGAGAUCGGCUUCCCCAUCCCUGAAAGCGUCACUGGGGCCACACUCACCUUCGUGUUCAACAUUGUGUCUCUAGUCUUCCUGGGUCUCUUCCAGAUCCCCAAUGAAGCAGGUCACUUGUGGGUGAGCUGUGUGCUGCUGGCCUGCGUCUCCCUCUCCAUCAUCCCACUGAUCUUCGUCAAGGAGACCCACAAGAGAUCUGACACUGACAGAAAGUUUAUGUAGCAAA